GCUAGCUUCACACAUACAACAUAUACGUACAGAAAUAUACGUACUCCCAAUAUAGCAUAGCACUCAAGAUUUAAAAUAGCUAGCAUGGCGUCCUACUUCGGCAGCAAGCCUCUGAUCAUGGCUGCCGUAAUGCUGUUCGCCGUGGUUACCAUGAUGGACCUCAUCUCCUGCGUGAUCGCGGCCCGGCAGCCAUCCUCUGGCAUUGGCUACAGCGAGGAGGCCAUGAAGGCGAGGCACCAGAAGUGGAUGGCCGAGCACGGCCGCACCUACAAGGACGAGGCCGAGAAGGCGCGGCGGUUCGAGGUAUUCAGGGAAAACGCUGCUUUUAUUGACAGGUCCAACGCCGCAGGCGGAAAGAAGUAUCGCCUGGCAACCAACGAGUUCACCGACGUGACCCACGACGAGUUCAUGGCCAUGUACACCGGGUUCAAGCCCGUGCCGUCCGGGGCCAAGAAAUUGCCCGGUUUCAAGUACGAGAAUUUUACGCUGUCGGACGACCAACAAUCCGUUGAUUGGAGGCAGAAAGGCGCUGUCACCGGUGUCAAGAAUCAAGGCCAAUGUAGUUGUUGCUGGGCGUUCUCUACGGUGGCGGCCGUGGAAGGCAUCCACGAGAUCACGACCGGCCAGCUGGUGUCGCUGUCGGAGCAGCAGCUGCUGGACUGCGACAACAAUGACGGGAACAACGGCUGCGGCGGCGGCAACAUGGACAAGGCCUUCCAGUACAUCAUCGGCACCGGCGGCCUCACCACCGAGGACGCCUACCCGUACACCGGCGCCCAGGGCAUGUGCCAAUCCGUCCAGCCGGCCGUUACGAUCAGCGACUUCCAGGACGUGCCAAGCGGCGACGAGACGGCGCUCGCCGUGGCCGUCGCCAACCAGCCGGUCUCCGUUGGCAUCGACGGCCGCAGCUUCCAGUCCUACGGGGGCGGCGUGUUCACUGCGGACAGCUGUGGCACGGACCUUACCCAUGCGGUGACGGUGGUGGGGUACGGCGUGGCGCAGGACGGGACCCUGUACUGGCUGCUCAAGAACUCGUGGGGGACGACCUGGGGCGAGGCUGGGUACAUGAGGCUGGAGAGGGGCACCGGCGCCUGCGGUAUUGGACAGCAAGCCUCAUACCCAUCUGCAUGAACCAUGCAAAAAUAAAAGCAUCUAUUUAUAACAAUACAUGAAGAAAUAAAUCAUACGUACAUAUAUAAAAUGAUAUCUUAGCAUAAAAUAAAUCCAGCCGUGUUUUCUCUACAAGAGUAAGUAAUGGAGCCUGCUGGCACUUAAAUUUGUUGAGAAGGGUUGUUAUACAACACUCAAGUAGAAUUUAUUUUUGUAACUUCAGUAGAAGAACUUCGAUAGUUCAUAUACACAUUAGGUUUGUAAUCCACGAACCAAAAAGACAACAUGAGAGCAGGACUAACUCUCAAAUUACUUCCCUU